AUGUCUCCACCACCAUUUAUACCAGAAGAAGAUAUUGCAAUUACCUAUAUCAAAGGUUCUGAAAAUGAAGAUGUUAAUGAUUAUGAUGAUGUAUUUGUGAAUCAGUCUAAUGAUUCCAUUGACAAUUCACAGAUACAAGGUAUAAGAGAUGAAGUAAUUAAUGAAUACAUUGAUCAGUAUCCAGAGAUAGCCAAAAAAUAUGUAACUGAACAUUGGUUAGAUGAUCAAAAGAUUGAUAAAAAUGAUGGUCCUGUGUAUCAUGCUUCGAACUCAUCUUGGUUAUUAGGUAAGAAACGCAUUGAUUUCAAUCAACGCACUGGUCACAUGAUAAUUGAUGGUAAUCAAUUUCCGGGUACACCAGGUUUAUAUCAACUAAUUUUCCAUAAGGAUCCAUCAUAUAACAAUGAAGACCGUGCUAUGUAUAAACAUGUGCUGUCAUUAAGCGAAGUACAUAAAGCUGCAUCAGGACGUCUUAAAGGAUCCAACAUGUACAAAUACAAAGAAAUUAUCAGACCUAUGUUCUAUAAACAACGAUCACAUGAUAACAUAAGUGUUUCUUGGUUUACCAAGAAAUAUGAUUUAUAA